AUGAUCAUAAUUGCCAUAUCAUACUUCUUCGCCCUUAAGCAGUUAGGUCUCCAUGAGCUCUGGAUAUCUUUCGGAACGGGCAAACACCACAGCUAUAUACCUGCACAUGACUUGGCACAGGUUCUGGGAGAAGACAAAGCAGAAGCUAUGAGAGGGUACCAUGCCUUCACAGGCUGUGACACCGUUUCUACUUUCUAUUCUAAAGGCAAAACACUGACCUGGAAAGCGUGGCAGCAACAUCUCGAGGCCACAUCAGCUUUUAGAGCACUUUCAAAUCCAUUGGAAGAAGUGACAGAUGAUUUGAUGACAAAAAUAGAAAAAUACGUCAUCAUGUUAUACUGUGGUGAUACUGAAAUUCAGCAACAUCUCGAGGCCACAUCAGCUUUUAGAGCACUUUCAAAUCCAUUGGAAGAAGUGACAGAUGAUUUGAUGACAAAAAUAGAAAAAUACGUCAUCAUGUUAUACUGUGGUGAUACUGAAAUUCGUUCAGUUAACGAAGCCCGCAAGAUUUUAUUCUCCAAAAACAAGUCAUUGCAAAAUAUCCCCCCUACGAGGGAUGCUCUAAGGAUGCACACUUUGAGGGCAGCCUAUCAAGCAGGCUUCAUCUGGGGACAAGCUCUUGAUCCCUCAGGGGUUAUCCCUUCCCCAGCUGACUGUGGAUGGACUCAAACCGAAGGAGAAUGGCAGCCAUUAUGGACAACUCAGCCCAGUAUCUGGGAGGCGGCACGAGAGCUGGUGAAGUGUGGAUGCAAGAACAGCUGCAGAGGCCGAUGUUCUUGCAGACGAGAGGGUAUGCCAUGCACACUGCUGUGUAAGAGCUGCUACGGAAACUGCGAUAAUACCAGUGCAAUAGACCUCGAGGCGCUCAUCGAAGAUUAA